CAACACUAAAUUACUGUUGGGGCUCGGGUUGCCGCUGCCGCCUCCCUCAGAGCGCUUCAGCCGGGAGCAGAGGGCGGAGACCCUCGCGCCGCCAUCUUUACUCCUCCCGCCACUAGCACCGCCCGCACGCUCCCUUGGCUUCAAUACGCAGGCGCUGCCCGGCCUCGGAUCAUCACGGGACUGGUAGUAACAGGCCUGCCCUAAGUGCACUUGGUGGCCGUAAGGGAACUACAAAUCCCUGGAUGCAUCAGAAAAAAGGCGAGGACCCGCGGCUCUUUCGCCACGGGAACCAGUGAGGUCACCUUUGCCCUAAAGCUGGAACUGUCUCCUGGACUGGCGUCAACCUCUUCCUCUGGGCAUUUUGGGAGUCGUAGUUUAUUCUUGUUAUGACUGGUAACUAAUCUUAACUCCCUAAUUAUGACAUCAAUUCUUUGGAGUGGAAGAGACGCGUGCAUCCCAGCCAGCCAGCUCUUAGUGUGGAGCAGUGAACUGUGUGUGGUUUCUUCUACUUGGGGAUCAUGCAGAGAGCUUCACGUCUGAAGAGAGAGCUGCACAUGUUAGCCACAGAGCCACCCCCAGGCAUCACAUGUUGGCAAGAUAAAGACCAAAUGGAUGAUCUGCGAGCUCAAAUAUUAGGUGGAGCCAACACACCUUAUGAGAAAGGUGUUUUUAAGCUAGAAGUUAUCAUUCCUGAGAGGUACCCAUUUGAACCUCCUCAGAUCCGAUUUCUCACUCCAAUUUAUCAUCCAAACAUUGAUUCUGCUGGAAGGAUUUGUCUGGAUGUUCUCAAACUGCCACCAAAAGGUGCUUGGAGACCAUCCCUCAACAUCGCAACUGUGUUGACCUCUAUUCAGCUGCUCAUGUCAGAACCCAACCCUGAUGACCCGCUCAUGGCUGACAUAUCCUCAGAAUUUAAAUAUAAUAAGCCAGUCUUCCUCAAGAAUGCCAGACAGUGGACAGAGAAGCAUGCAAGACAGAAACAAAAGGUUGAUGAGGAAGAGAUGCUUGAUAAUAUACCAGAGGCUGGCGACUCCAAAGUACACAACUCAACACAGAAAAGGAAGGCCAGUCAGAAACACCAGAGCCGAAAGCUAUUAGAAGUCAUCCAACCAUUUCUCUGCCUGAAGUACCGAGGACUGGACUGGAGAACAGAAGUGACAUGCCUGAGGAUUUAAAAGCCCAGCUCCCUACUCCCAGCUCAGGGAAGGAUGGGAAAAGGCUAAAAGCAUGGACUUAGGUCAAGGAGACCCAAUUUCAGCUCUGGCAGUGCUGCUUACAAGUUGUGUGACCUUAGCUUUGUACUCAGUCCUUCUAUUUUUUCAGGUUUUACCUCUGCAAAAGGGAUGAUGAUGAUGCUGCUGCUUAAAACUCAUGAGGUUGUUGUGAGGAUUGAAUGAGAUGAUGCAUGUAAAGCAUCCAGUACAGGGACUGGCAUGGUGCUGACAUUUAUUGAGUGCUUAGCAAGGGCACUGGGGGAUGGAGACCAACCAUAGGUGGGUCUUAAGGAGCUGCCCUGACCACUGCCAACUUGCCAAUCUGCUCUGUUCCUUAGAUAAGCAAGCUGAGCUGUUUCUCAAUUCCAAACCCCUAAUUAAAGAGAGAUGACAUCCAUGACUGAUAAUGUAAACAUUGCAGAUUCCAAGUUCCCCUCUCCUGCUGCCCCCAACCCCCCUCUCUACCUCUCCCCAAAAGCUAUCUAAAUAAGAACAGAUUUUACCACCCACCUUGUGGGCAGACUCAGCUGAGGCUGG